UUUUGAUCAUGUACUAAGUUUUAAUUCCUUUGAUAAAUUAGCAAAUCAUUUUGGCAAACAUUUUACUAAAUUUGAACGAACAUGCCGAAACGCAUUGGACCUUUGUCUAGAUUAUAUGUUUUUGUGAUUUGCACUGUGGAUAGGGUGGUGCCAAAUGCAUUGCGGCCAUUUUGGGAUGCACCAGCAGGUCCACGUAACGUUUUCUUUUGGGCGCCGACUUUCAAAUGGGGCCUUGUGUUCGCCGGGCUGGGCGAUUUGGUUAGCAGGCCGCCACAGAAUAUAUCAGUGCCACAAGCUGGCAGCUUGGCCAUUACUGGUGUGCUCUGGUCCCGCUAUUCGCUAAUUAUAACUCCGAAAAACUACAACAUGCUGGCUGUAAACACAUUUUUAACUCUGAAUCAAGCCUAUUUGAUCUACAAACAUUUAGUUUGGCGCAGCUCGCAGCCAAAGAAUGCGGUCUAUGAGUAUAAUAAUUAUGGAUUUGACGAAGAAUGGUAAUUUUAAAUUGUAUAAAAGUUGCUUUUAAUUU